GCAUUAGUUGGAUUUCUGUUUCUGGCUAGAAGACUAUCUCAACAUGGGGAGGAUCAGCAUCUCCUGCCUGUUACCCGCUUCCUGGCAUUUCAGCAUCUCCCCGGUGGGGUGUCCUCGAAUUCUCAACUCCACCCUUCGCCAAAUUAUUGUCAUCGGAGUCCUCGCUGCCACCGUGUCUCUGUUGUACUACUCUGUCAUCAUAAUCCGAAAUAAGUACGGACGACUGUCACGGGAUAAGAAGUUUCACAGGUACCUAGCCCGAGUUACUGACAUCGAAGCUACUGACACCAAUAACCCCAAUGUGAAUUACGGUGUGGUGGUGGACUGUGGUAGCAGCGGCUCUAGAAUUUUUGUCUAUUGCUGGCCCCGACACAAUGGCAACCCACAUGAUCUGCUAGACAUCAGGCAAAUGAGGGACAAAAACCGAAAGCCGGUGGUCAUGAAAAUAAAACCAGGUAUAUCAGACUUUGCUACCUCCCCAGAAAAAGCCAGUGAUUACAUGUCCCCACUCCUGAAUUUUGCUGCAGAACACGUACCCCGGGCAAAACACAAAGAAACACCUCUUUAUAUCCUCUGUACAGCUGGGAUGAGAAUCCUGCCUGAAAGUCAGCAGAAGGCAAUCCUGGAAGAUCUUCUGACAGACCUCCCAGUGCACUAUGACUUUCUGUUUUCUGAUUCUCAUGCCGAGGUUAUUUCAGGAAAGCAAGAAGGUGUAUAUGCCUGGAUUGGUAUUAAUUUUGUCCUUGGACGAUUUGAACAUAUUGAAGAUGAGGAUGAGGCAGUGGUAGAAGUGAAUAUUCCUGGUGGUGAAGACAAAGAUGCCUUUAUCCGUAAAAGGACAGCGGGUAUUCUCGACAUGGGCGGAGUGUCAACUCAGAUAGCAUAUGAAGUCCCCAAAACUGUAAGCUUUGCCUCCUCACACCAGGAGGAAGUAGCCAAAAAUUUGUUAGCUGAAUUUAACCUUGGCUGUGAUGCCCACCGUACCGAGCAUGUGUACAGAGUGUAUGUAGCCACAUUCCUUGGCUUUGGUGGGAACGCUGCUCGCCAGAGAUACGAAGAUAGCAUAUUCUCCAACACAAUUUUGAAGAACAGGCUUUUAAAUAAACAGACAGGCCAGACACCCGAGUCUCCGUAUUUGGACCCAUGCCUACCCUUAGACAUUCAGGAUGAAAUUCAGCAGAACGGACAGACCGUACACCUGCGAGGGACAGGAGACUUCACCCUGUGUCGGGAGACCAUUCAGCCGUUCAUGAAUAAGACAAAUGAGACGCAGACCUCUCUCAAUGGAGUCUACCAGCCUCCAGUGCAUUUCCAAAACAGUGAAUUUUAUGGCUUCUCAGAAUUCUACUACUGCACCGAGGAUGUGUUGCGUAUGGGGGGAGAUUACAGUGCUGCUAAAUUCAUUAAAGCCGCAAAGGAUUACUGUGCAACCAAGUGGUCCGUCUUGAGAGAACGCUUUGAUCGGGGACUUUACGCAUCUCAUGCUGACCUUCACAGGCUAAAGUAUCAGUGCUUUAAGUCUGCGUGGAUGUACGAGGUAUUUCACAGGGGCUUUUCGUUUCCGGUCAACUACGGCAAUUUAAAGACUGCUUUGCAGGUUUAUGAUAAGGAAGUGCAGUGGACACUAGGAGCGAUCCUUUACAGGACCCGUUUUUUACCUUUAAGAGACAUCCAGCAGGAGAAUUUCCGGGCCAAUCACGCUCACUGGAGAGGCUUUUCCUUUGUCUACAACCACUACCUGUUCUUUGCCUGCUUCCUAAUUGUCUUGUUGUCCAUCCUGCUCUACCUGCUGCGGCUCCGGCGGAUUCACCGGAGGAUGCUAAGGAACGGUUCCUCUGCCUCGCUCUGGAUGGAGGAGGGCGGCCUCCCAUCCCCGAAGAUUGGUGGAACCUUGUGAACCUCCGAGACACGGGCUCUGAAAAGGCUCCCUAAGAAAAAGCCAUUUUUGCCUCAGGGUUUCUCUUCUGCCCUCCUUCCCCCGCCCCACCUCAUUUUGUUGGUCCCUUUAAAACCACAAAGAUGGAAAGAGCUGGUCCCCUAGCUGUAUUGUUUUCAGCUGUUUUGGAAACAACUUUUAAGAUAAAGUGGGGAAUAAACUUGGCGUAGUCUGCACAGGGUAUAUCAGCCCAGAGUUCAAGGCAGGGUGGGGUUAUUUUUUACUAUGAGGGUAAUUUAUAAACAGAUGCACUUUAAAGUUAGUGGGGAUGAAGAAGGUAUUUUCUGCCAGAGGAGAUGUCAAAACUAAACCUUCAGAGAGCCCCCUCAAAAAACCCUGUUAACUGAGGUUUUAAUCUUUCCUCUUUAACCAUUUGGAGCAGUCUUCUUGCCCCAACCAAUGCAAUUGCUUUGAUUUAUUUUUCAGGUCUGCAGCAAACCAUCUUAUUGUGUAUUUUAAAAAUUCCAAACCACCUCCACCAAAGACAUGGUGGCUUUUAAAAGCAGUAGGGAGGCGAUAUUUCAAAUGUAAUAUGUUACCUAGCUCAUAAAUUAUUUUGGGCUCCCUGCACCACAAUCUAUGCCUCAUCCUCAGUUACAGGUGGUGCCUGUAGAAGCUUUAUUUUUAUAUAUGGGAAGAGAGUUUGUGCAAUGUGCCCUACUGCUGCUAGAGUUGAGGGGGCGGUCAGCAAUGCCAUUAGAAAUCCAAAUGGAAUUGGGAGAACGUUACAGGUACUAAAAAUGGUGAUUUGUUUCACGAACAUUGUAAAGAAAAAGGAUUAGAUAUUUAAAAAGUGGUAGCAGAGUCAAGACAUUUGGAUUUUGGGUCUACUCCUCACCCCUUCCCUUUCCCUCAUUUAGUUCUAUGUACUCUUGGUUUUCUAAAACCUGUUAGCUUUGUGUGUCCAGUGAAGUUUGGUAACUGUUCAAAAUGGGUUGCUUUUGUUUUUUAAUGGUAUUUGUUAGCGCUUACCAUGUGUCAAGCACUGUCCGAAGCACU